AUGUCUUCAGCUUUUGUAUCGAUGGUUCGCGCGGCACGUAUGCACACGAGUGCAGUUGUGCGGUUGCGCACAUCCCAGACCGCCUAUUCGGCCGUCAAGCCCGGCUCGGAAAGCGAAGCCACCACUCCAGGCUCUGCCUCUACCGAGGAGAUCGCACACAGCAGCAGCGCAUACGACUCUACCACCUCGCGUCCCGAUACGGCUGCCGACCAAAUUCAGUCCGAAACAGGCGCCGACAUGGACUCGUCCAGCGCCAAGCCCCAAGCCUCGCGUCUAGCCACCCAGAACCCCGAUAGCAAGACCAUCUCAAAGCGCAAGCCGCGCACUGGCAAACCCGAGAAAGAGUAG